AUCAACUUCCGAGACUAAAGGACAAAGACUAAUUCCGAGUCAUUACACCGGAUCAUUCGCUUUAAGCGCCGUUCGCUAUCUCUGUUAGUCCAGGCUAUUUCAAUCUCGCAUUCGGUGCCGUUUCAGUCAUUGUUAUAUCUGUACCGAACUUCCUGCAACCCUCGACGAAUCGUUUGGCAGCAGACACAACGCCAUACCUACCCCGCAGUCAAUUAGAACAAAUUCCGAAAACUGUUUCUCUAUCAGCAUCGCCAGGGCGUACGAACUUGCUCAAAGUGUCCCAAAGCAUUUAUAAAAGGGGAGCCUAUCGUCUGAGCGAAUUCCACGAAUAUGGUGCAGCAACUUCCUCCCCAGGGAGGUUCACGAAAGAUCUCCUUCAACGUCUCCGACCAAUAUGAAAUUCAAGAUGUCAUUGGUGAAGGUGCCUACGGUGUGGUUUGCUCUGCCAUCCACAAACCAUCUGGCCAAAAAGUCGCCAUCAAGAAGAUUACCCCUUUCGACCACUCGAUGUUCUGCUUGCGAACUUUGCGUGAGAUGAAGCUGCUUCGCUAUUUUAACCAUGAGAACAUCAUCUCUAUCCUGGAUAUCCAGAGACCACGCAACUACGAGAGCUUCAACGAAGUUUAUCUAAUCCAGGAGCUGAUGGAGACUGACAUGCACCGGGUCAUUCGUACCCAAGACCUUUCGGACGAUCACUGUCAAUAUUUCAUUUACCAGACUCUACGUGCGCUCAAAGCUAUGCACUCAGCAAAUGUUCUUCAUCGUGAUCUGAAACCUUCGAACCUGCUCCUCAACGCAAACUGCGAUUUGAAAGUUUGCGAUUUUGGCUUGGCCCGUUCAGCUGCCUCCACAGAUGAUAACUCAGGGUUCAUGACAGAAUAUGUGGCGACCAGAUGGUACCGUGCGCCAGAGAUCAUGUUGACAUUCAAGGAGUACACCAAAGCCAUUGAUGUGUGGAGUGUUGGUUGUAUCCUCGCCGAGAUGCUGAGCGGAAAACCUCUAUUCCCCGGAAAGGAUUAUCAUCACCAAUUGACUCUUAUUUUGGACGUUCUUGGUACACCAACAAUGGAGGACUACUAUGGAAUCAAAUCCCGACGGGCUCGGGAAUACAUUCGGUCUCUCCCUUUCAAAAAGAAGAUCCCCUUUAAGGCGCUAUUUCCGAAGGCUAACGAUUUGGCCCUGGACCUCCUGGAGAGGCUCCUGGCAUUCAACCCUGCUAAGCGUAUCACGGUGGAGGAAGCUUUGCGUCAUCCGUACCUGGAACCGUAUCAUGACCCCGACGAUGAGCCCACGGCACCUCCCAUUCCGGAAGGGUUCUUCGACUUUGACAAGAAUAAGGAUGCCCUUAGCAAGGAGCAGUUGAAGAUGCUAAUCUACGAGGAAAUCAUGCGGUGAGCUUGCAUUGGACAGCCUAUCCAUCGGGAAAGAUGGAAUACAGGUCGGGAUAAAUAGGAUGGGAUGACCGAACCCAUGCACGUAAUAUCUAGUUGCAUAGACGACAAGCCAGGGUAAUACACUCGCACAUCGACUAUGAUAUUGGCUGAGUCUCAUGAUUGGCCUUUUUGACACGUUU